UGCCGAAUCCAAUCUUUCCUUUAAUUUAGCUCCUUAUCUUCCUUCUUCGAAGUUUCUUCUCUGUGCGUCAAAAGAUUUUCUCUCAGAGGUUUUCUCGGGAAAGAAGUCAUUAACAUCUGAUAAGAUCCAAGAGAGAGAGAGAUCUAAACCGCUUGGUCUCCGAUGGGAACGCUUCAGUCAUUCCGAAGAGCUUACGGAGCCCUAAAGGACACCACUAAAGUCGGCCUCGUCCGCGUCAACAGCGAUUACGCCGAUAUAGAAGUGGCCAUAGUCAAAGCCACUAACCACGUCGAGUGUCCUCCCAAGGAUCGCCAUCUCACGAAGAUCUUCAUCGCCACGUCAGCAACUCGGCCUCGAGCAGAUGUUGCUUACUGCAUUCACACUCUCUCCCGGCGAGUGCACAAAACCAGAAACUGGACGGUUGCGUUAAAAGCAUUGCUUGUUUUGCACCGGCUUGUAAGGGAAGGCGAUCCCACGUUUAGAGAAGAGUUAUUGAACUUUUCUAGAAAAGGACGUUUCUUGCAGCUUUCUAAUUUCAAGGAUGACUCAUCCACCGCGGCAUGGGAUUGUUCUGUUUGGGUACGCGCUUAUGCUUUGUUUCUGGAGGAACGGCUUCAAUGCUUCAGAGUUUUGAAAUAUGAUAUCGAGGCUGAACGUCUUCCAAAAGUUUCCCCGGGGCAGGAGGAGAAGGUACCAACUUUUUUUGGUUUCUGUGGCCUCAUGUACGUUAAUGGUAUUCUGUUUUGGGAAUUUGAUUGCCAGGGGUAUAGCAAAACAAGGGAUUUAGAUGGUGAACAACUCUUGGAACAGUUGCCGGCUUUACAGCAGCUUCUGCAUCGGCUCAUGGGUUGUAAGCCAGAAGGUGCUGCAAAGCACAAUCAUAUCAUACAGUAUGCACUCGCUUUGGUAUUGAAGGAGAGCUUUAAAGUGUAUUGUGCCAUCAACGAAGGUAUUAUCAAUCUAGUAGAAAAGUUCUUUGAAAUGCCAAGACAUGAUGCCAUCAAGGCCCUUGAUAUAUACAAGCGCGCGGGUUCGCAGGCUGGCAACCUUUCUCAUUUCUACGAAGUAUGCAAGGGAUUAGAAAUUGCUAGAAAUUUCCAAUUUCCUGUUUUAAGAGAGCCUCCACAAUCUUUUCUUGCAACUAUGGAGGAGUAUAUGAGAGACGCACCUCAAAUGGUUGACGUCUCAGAUGGGCCAUUGCUUCUGACGUAUAGGCCGGAUGAUGAACUUUCUGAUGAACCUGCGCAUGAAGAACAUGAACAAUCAUUGCCUUCAGAUAGUACUGUUAUUCCCUCUGAGGAGACCCAACCUCCUGCUUCAGCAGAAACUCCACAGAAUUUAAUUGAUACAGAUGAUCUAUUGGGUCUAAACAACGAUGCACCUGAUCCAUUAGAAAUCCUGGAUCAAAAUGCGCUUGCUUUGGCGUUGGUUUCUACUGAUGUUGAGUCUUCGUUCUUUGAUUUGGGUCAAGCAAGAGAUUCGGAUCCGUCAGGAUGGGAGCUUGCCUUGGUUACAACACCUAGCAGUGAUAUAUCCGCAACCACAGAGAGGCAAUUGGCGGGUGGCUUAGACACGCUCACCCUGAACAGCCUAUAUGACGAUGUAACCUACAGAGCAGCCCAACAGCCUGCUUACGGGGCGCCAGCUCCAAAUCCGUUUGAGGUUCAAGACCCGUUUGGAUUUUCCAACAGCGUUUCGGCCCCUUCAGCCGAAAGCAACCCAUUCGGCCCCUACCAGCCAGCCUAUCAGCAACAACAGCAGCAAGAGCUUCAGGUUGCACCAGGCGCUGCAAAUCCUUUUGGUGACUUUGAAGAAUAUCCGGUAGUUGCACUUCCAGAACCGCAAAAGACCAUCGGUUUUGGGCAAUUUCCAGUUGUUUCAGAACCACAGAUGACCACCGGUUUCGGGGGAAAUCCAGUAUUCGCUGUUUCAGAACCACAAGUGACCACCGGUUUUGGGGAAUUUCCAGUAGCAACGGUUUCAGAACCGCAGAUGAUGACAUCCGGUUUAGGGGAACUUCCAGUAGCGGCGGUUUCAGAACCACAAAUGACCACCGGUUUUGGGGAAUUUCCAGUAUUCGCUGUUUCAGAACCGCAAAAGACAUCUGGUUUUGGGGAUUUCUCAGUAGCUGCGGUUUCAGAACCGCAGAUGAUGACAUCCGGUUAUGGCGAAUUUCCAGCAUUCGCUGUUUCAGAACCGCAAAAGACAUCUGGUUUUGGGGAUUUCCCGGUAGCUGUGGUUUCAGAAGCGCAAAUGAUGACAUCCGGUUUUGGGGAAUUUCCAGCAUUCGCGGUUUCAGAACCGCAAAAGACAUCCGGUCCAGUAGUCCCAGUUUCAGAAGAGCAAAAGAACUCCAGUUUGGGGGAAUUCUCAGUAAUCACGGCUUCAGAGCCGCAAAAGACCACUGGUUUCGGGGAAUUUCCAGCUAAUGCAGCAGGUGCUCAUAAGCAAUAUAACAGCAGCAACCCUUUUGGUGGCAUGUGAUCGCAGCUUAAGGUAAAUGCUUCGUUUGUCACAAGUUUGCGAGUUAUUUGUAAAGAAAGACUCCGAGAAACACACAUAAUUGUAAAACUGUCUCUCUUUGGUUGGGGUGAGCAAAGAAAGAAAUAAGGUAUCUGUUAUGCAUUUAAACAAAUACAAUCACUCCUAGUUCGCAAGCA